UCGUGAGCUCACUCAAGGGUCCAAAAAGUGUUUCUUUACUCUUUUGUUGUUCUUUCUCCUUUCUCGUUUUCUGAGAGAAGAGAUACAUAAGAGAUGGGAAGGACUCCGUGUUGUGAGAAAAUAGGACUUAAGAGAGGGAGAUGGACCGCGGAGGAAGAUGAGACCCUCACUAACUAUAUUCAAAUCAAUGGUGAAGGUUCUUGGCGGUCUUUGCCUAAGAAAGCUGUUACAAAAUUUGAAGGAUUGUUGAGGUGUGGAAAGAGCUGUAGACUAAGGUGGAUAAACUAUUUGAGAAUGGACUUGAAAAGAGGAAAUAUUACGGCCGAGGAAGACGAGACAAUCGUCAAGUUGCAUUCCCUUCUUGGCAAUAGAUGGUCGCUUAUUGCAACACAUCUACCUGGAAGAACAGACAACGAAAUUAAAAACUACUGGAACUCACAUCUUAGCCGCAAAAUCUACGCAUUCACGGGCCGCAGAAAUGAGCACGGUCUAAACGUCACCGACUUAGUUCUGAAUAGAUCUUUUUCUUCGUCUUCUUGUUCUUCCUCGCGAGCCAAGAAGAAGAAAGGAAGAACUAGUAGGGCAUCCAUGAAGAAACACAAGCAAAGGUUGACGGCCUCGCAAUGUACCCCACAACUGAAAGAGCUGGAGAGUGAUAUCAGUGAGGAAAGGCACAAUGGUAAUUUCGAAGGAAAGUCUUUGGAGCCUUAUGAGUGGUUGGAUGGUGAGAUAGAGCGGCUCAUGGGUAGUUUUGUCUGGGAAUGUACUAACGAAGAGACGGUGGUUGAAGUAAAUCACGAUGAUUCUGAUCAGAACAAGGUGUGUGAGAGUGGGGACAACAGUAGUUGUUGUGUGGGUUUGUUUGAGGAAGAACAUGGAAAGCUUGGUAAUCUAGAGGUUGACCAUGACAUGAAUGUGGAAAAGGAAAGAGAGGGGAGUGGUCUUAGUUCAAAUUCAAAUGAAAAUGGUGAUAAAGAUUGGUGGGUUGAUCUAUGCGAUUCUUUAGAAAUUGGAUUUGGGAUUGAUGAUGAGUUGCUUGGUUGGGAGUUUCAAGGUGAUGUACCUUGUCAAAGUGAUGAUCUCUGGGAUCUCUCAGAUUUUGGAGAAAUACCGCAGGUGGAUCGUAUAUGAGAAGGUCUAUUAACCUGAUAAAGCAUCGAUCUAAUAAUUGUAGAGUAUAUUGUUUUGUUUGGAGUGGAUCUAAAUGUUAGGAUAAAUAUAGCCUCCAGUUUAAACCAGUUUGAAGCACGUUAUUGUUUAAUCUAACUUUCUACACUGUUUUAUUGUUAUUUAAAGUGUUAGCUCUUUUUUAUGUUUCAUUGCUAAUAUUA